GACGUAACAUACAUGUAACACACUAUCACCCCUUACUUAACCGUUAUAACUCUCACCCAAAUAGCAUUUAAAAGGUUACAAUGAAUCAUCUGAUGUACAUCUUAGGACACGGGGAAACUGUGCUGCUGUGCUACGACACCCGAACGCUGUGUUACAUUGUUUUCUAUGAGAAUGUGCUACAACACAAGGAAUCUGGGUUACAGGAUGUUCCGACGUAACGGGGUACAACACAAGGAAUCUGGGUUACAGGUUAUUUCGACGUAACGUGUUACUAUACAAGGAAUCUGGGUUACAGGUUAUUCCGACGUAACGUGUUACUAUACAAGGAAUCUGGGUUACAGGAUGUUCCGACGUAACGUGUUACAAUACAAGGAAUCUGGGUUACAGGAUGUUCCGACGUAACUGGGUACAACACAAGGAAUCUGGGUUACAGGAUGUUCCGACGUAACGGGUUACAACACAAGGAAUCUCGGUUACAGGAUGUUCCGACGUAACGUCUUACUAUACAAGGAAUCUGGGUUACAGGAUGUUCCGACGUAACGUCUUACUCUACAAGGAAUCUGGGUUACAGGAUGUUCCGACGUAACUGGGUACAACACAAGGAAUCUGGGUUACAGGAUGUUCCGACGUAACGGGUUACAACACAAGGAAUCUCGGUUACAGGAUGUUCCGACGUAACGUCUUACUAUACAAGGAAUCUGGGUUACAGGAUGUUCCGACGUAACGUCUUGCUAUACAAGGAAUCUGGGUUACAGGAUGUUCCGACGUAACAUGUUACUAUACAAGGAAUCUGGGUUACAGGAUGUUCCGACGUAACGUGUUGCUAUACAAAGAAUCUGGGUUACAGGAUGUUCCGACGUAACGUGUUACGAAACAAGAAAUCCGGGUUACAGGAUGUUCCGACGAAAUGUGUUACAACACAAGGGAGCUGGGUUACAGGUUGUUCCGGGUUACAGGAUGUUCCGACUUACAGUGUGACAAAACAAAGAAUCUGGUUUACAGGGUGUUCCGACGUAACGGUUACAACACAAGUAAUCUGGGUUACAGGAUGUUCCGACGUAACGGGGUACAACACAAGGAAUCUGAGUUACAGGAAGUUCCGACGAAACGGGGUACAACACAAGGAAUCUGAGUUACAGGAUGUUCCGAUGUAACGUGCUUAAAUACAAGAAAUCUGGGUUACAGCUCCAGAGUGUUGUUACGUACCUAGCUGUUACUCGAGGAAUAGGAUCUACAAAGUGUUUUAAUGCACCCAGGUUUGAUUUUAGGAAUCUGCGCUACUAGGUUUUCUGAGUAAUAUUGUUACAACAAAUGGAUUAUGCGCUACAGGGUUUUCCGUAUCAUGUUACGACACGGAGAGGCUUUGCGACAUGCUUUCCAAUGCACCAUGCACAGAUAUCAUUUUCCUUACACCGAACAAUUAAAAUGACGCAUAGUUCUAAAGACCGUAAAUGUUCACUAACAAUUAAUGCUUGGGUUGUUUCCAGCUGCCAUCUACAGCUGUUACAUAUACAUCGAUGUUAUUGUAUGUCGCAGUAACGUCCUUCUCCAUUCGAGCGACAACGUAUUUCUUAUUGAUAAGAAAAUUGUUUCAUUAUUCAAGAUAAUGUGUCUGAAACAGGAGAAUGAGUCAGGCAGCCACACAAAUACUCAAUAAAACAUCCACAACUGGAGCUGAACAAAAGUAAAAACAUGUUUUAUGUUAAGUUACAGAAAAUAUUCUAGGCGGUCUCAAAAAUGGGCGCUGUCUUGCGGGAAAAUACAGGCCCUCGCGCAGUAGUGAAAACUUAAUUGGUAGUGAUAGACAGAACUAACAUUGCCAGUCCGCUGUGUGCUGCAUAACACUGGCAGAGCCAGGGGAGUACAUUAGGUGGUGUUCUGAUGACUGCUCUUAGUAAUACAGACACUACAAUGUAACGCACAAAUUGUCUUCAGAGCUACCUGGUAACGCUGACUACAGAUGCAAUGGUCCUGUAAGCCACACGGAAGUAUUUGUUUCCUGUGAUUAAAUACCGGUUUAGAAAGGAGAUGAAAUUGUACAAUUUGCUACAACAUUGUGACUGUCUAUAGCUUGUUUCACAGCUGUUCACUGGUGACGACGUGAUUGGAGUGACCAUACAGUUAUUGUGACGUGUCUGUUCUGGACUAAGACAACUGUCAUCGUGUUUUGUCCCGUGAAUUGUCAUAGUUAUAAUAGCGUCACACUACACACUCGGUUAUAAUGGAUGCUAUUCCUUAGGUACAACUUAAUUUUCAGGUAGAAUAUUUUAUUUAACUAUUGUUUACAACUAACGACGUUUGUUCCUAUACAUACUACACAAGUAAACAUCAUGCAAAAUCAGUAAUAAUAUUGAUGCAAAUCAGUGUGUGUUCUUUCACUGUUAGAGAAUCUCAAGCUUUUGAGAAGAUUACAUUAACAAUGCUGUGAUUCAGAGGAAUAAACAUCAUGGAAUUACUGAUUAUCAACGUAAGAGGAACGGUGUUUAAGACCAAAGCCAAAAACCUAGCAAAUGUACCGCCAGGUUCUCCUCUAGCAAAUCUUGACAAGACGUCUGAGUAUUUUGAUUCAGAAAGUGGUGAGUUUUUCUUUGACCGUAGUGCCGAAGUCUUUGAUACUAUCCUUGAUUACUUCACAUCUGGAAAACUACACAUACCGACCUAUGUCUGUGCCGAGCGGGUCAAGGAGGAGCUGUCCUAUUGGAAAGUCCCGGAAAGCCAGCUGGCCAAGUGUUGUUGGAAGGCCUAUUAUCAGAAAGACGAGGAAAUGGACGUGCUAACAAAAUUACUGAAGCAUGUACCUUGUGUUGAAAAUAGGGCCCAAGGGAUUGCCACCAAUUGCUGUGAAUCUCCCAACGUUAUAAAACCCUCUCGGAGCGGACAGGAUAUUAGAGAUCGGACGUGGCAAUGUCUCAAUUACUACACGGACGGUACAUUUGCUAAGAUAUGGUACAUCGUGCUGUGCGUUUCUAUCGUGCUAUCUACCGCCAUCUUUAUCGUGCUGUCUAUCCCGGAAUUCCGUGUGGAUGCUCCGAACACUCUUCCGUUUCCGUACAAUAUUACGUCUGAGCCGCUCCUCAUGUAUUGGUACACAAUGCCACACCCAGUACUCAUGAUCAGUGACGGGAUCUUCAAUUUUAUCUUCAUGGUUGACUGGCUCCUUAGGCUAUACUCGUGCCCUAAUAAGAGGGAGUUCAUGAUGGGGUUCCUGAACAUAUCUGACCUUGUGGCCUGGGUGGCUAUCUGGAACAUCCUCUGGAUCGAGUUUUAUCGAGACGUCUUUCAUUUUAAAGGCGCAUUCUUCGUGUUGUUCGUGAUCGGGACGUUGUAUGCCAGUAGGAUUUUCAGGGUGUUUAGAUUGAUGCAGCAUAACUGCGGUGUAAAGAUUCUAUUACUCGCUCUGAAAUCCAGUGCGCGUGAGUUAUGCAUACUAGCUAUAACGUUCGCCUGUGUCUCAGUUAUAUUCGCGUUCCUGCUAUAUAUGUCAGAAUUACAAAGCACCUCCAACAUUAGAUUUCCUAACGCCCUAACGGCAAUCUGGUGGGCAAUAGUCACCAUGACAACAGUGGGAUAUGGUGACUUUUACCCUACAACCCCUCAAGGGUAUUGUAUUGGUGCUCUGUGCUCACUUACUGGCAUUUUGCUUAUUGCACUUCCGGUCGCGGUGACGUCAUCGAACUUUAGUGACUUUUAUAAUUUUAAUAAAUUUAGGGCUAAAUAUCAAGAGGCGCUUACAAGGGAAGGGAAACAAAUCCCUGAACACAAUAAGGCGGUAUCGGAAGUACCUGCCACGUAUGUGUAGAUGUAUGCUGAACUGGCAACCACGCCCAACAUAAAUGGUCACGUACGAUGGAGGUAGAGGCCACACUGAAACCAUUUGCUAUUGAGAGGUUAACAGUAUUUCCUCUACAUUUCACAGAACUCUGUCUCCCGUUUUACCCGCUCAGGAUGUAUUUGACACUCCCUCGGGUAUAAUGUUCUAUCACUGCCUAGGGUAUGACUUGAUAGCACGCAGAAAGAAACAAUAGGAUGUCGUCUAGGGAAAAUACAUCCUGACGUCAUGAUAAGCUGCUUUCGACCGGAGAGGUCGAUUUAAAUUCAAGAUAAAACACAGAUUUCCAAUUUUGAUAAUCAAUGUUUUCAAAUAUAUUAUUGAUAGGAUGGGGGAAAGGAAUCGUUUGCUACGUUGAAGGUAUGACGGUAUCGGAGCCCUCGGGGCGAGUUUCUUAAAUGUCUAAUCUUAGGCUUGAAGGAGGUACCGGGUUACACCAUCACAAAUAUUGUCCCUCAGAUAGAGUUUUCUCUGUCAUGCUCUCACAGUAGGGGAAGAUUAAUAUCCAGAUAGUACCUGUACGACUUAUUAGAAUGCGUCGUGGAACUUGUCCGACAAAUGAACAUGCUGCAGGGUGAUAUGAAUCUUUUAUAGUCUAUUAAACUUAUAUUUCCCUUG